AUGACGCCAAAUGUGUACUGUGCCACUUUGGUAGUGGUGAUUGUUCUUACUGGAGAGGUAUUUGCCCAAAUGCAGAUUUGUACUUUUACACCAAGGAUGGAUGGAACGUAUGCAAAUAUGACAUUUAAUGGUAUAGCAAAGGUAAACAAAGAAGCUGUUACUGGAACACAGCCUAAUUUUACAGUAAAUCCAAAUACAAUUAAUUACAUGGGAAUGCAGGUUGAUGGAUCAGGUCCGGCGAUACAAGUGGAAUUUAAUGUUGAGGUAAAGAUAAUCAUUUGGGAUGUUGGAAUACCAGCUGGAUCAGUGCGUAUUGAUCGGUCCUAUGUUGGAUACAACAGUUCAAGUAUCAGUUCCAGCAGCUCAGUUUCAAUUUACUUUAUGGCAUCGCCAUCCGGUGAUGGUGGUGUCCAUUUGCCUGAAGGAAACACUGGAGUUUUUGCUUCUGUUUACUUCACUUAUCAAGGAACAGUGUAUGGUGCAGUUAUUCCCUCCAUCUGUCUGAAACGAGUUACUGUUCUAUUUGGCAGUAUUUUUUAUGAGCAAGGCUUUACAGCUCUGACCUUUUUUGUCAUGUUGAUCGUUGGCAUUUUGUUGGCACUUCUAGGAGUGUGGUUGUUUCUACGAAUCCAGCAAGGCAGAGCAAUAUUUCCCAUUACACUGAAA